GAGUUUGAGAGAGUUGUCACCAUAACCUAGUAGCAAAUAGGAAUAAUACACUUGUUUUGUUUUCUUGUUUGCUACUAAUCAUGCCAGGUUUUCGCAAGAACAAAGUGGAAGAUCAUGUUUAUGGUCAAUUUUGUCAUCUUCGCCGACAUAAGGUAUGUGAUAAUGUGCUAGUUGAAAUCAAGUCAUCGCUGCCUUUAUAUACCGAACAAUUUGACCCUGAUGCUUAUAUUGAUUGGGAAAUAGCAGUAGACAACAUUUUUGAAAAAUAUGAAUUAUUCGAAACAUAAAAAGUUAGGGCUGCUACUAGUGUUUUAACCGAUAAUGCAUUAAUACAUUGGAAGUAUUACUGUAGACAUGGUAAAGAACCUCAAACUUGGAAUAUGAAACAGUUUUUGAGAGAGAUUUUGUUCCUCAAUAUCAUGCUCAUUAUUUGCUAACCAAAUUGGAAAGCUUAAAACAAGGUAGCAGAACAGUAAAGAAAUAUUACCAUGAUUUAAAAACUUGUUUGAGGCGAAGUGGCAUAGAGGAACAUGCUAAAGCAACCGAAAAUAGAUUUUUAAAAGGUCUUAAUUCAGAAAUUCAGGAUAUGCUUGCUCAUGAAACAUAUAAUUCACUCUCAUUUGUUUAUACUUGCUUGCAAGAUUGAAAACCAGAUUGAGGAAGAUUUGAGGUUAUCUAAUACUUUGGAACAAGUUGAUUCUCAUUUCAUAGAUGUUAAUGUUUCUGAAUUUUCCGAACCAACUUGCAAAGAUGAGAUGCAUAUAAUGGAGGACUAGUCCUUUGUGUUUUCCUCCAUGCUUAACCUUUUGCAGAACGUUGGGAAUAAUCCAAAAGAACAAAAUGAAUUAACUCAUCCUUUGCAUUCAUUGGAUGAAGAGGAAGAGGAGAAGCUUGUUGCAGUUAUAUCAUUUGAAACGAACUUGAAAGGCUAUCAAAAGCCAAGGAUGGCUUUUCUUGAAGAAGAGGAUGAUGCGGAGCUCCCUACCAAUCACACACUAAAUGUUGUUCCACCAAUUGCUGUGAAUGCUUCAAGUACAUCUGGACACACAAUUGGGGGACAAGGAACAAGACGUGAAUCAUCUGAAUUGAAGUUGUUCCCAACAAUACAACUAAUUGAAGAUGAGCUACCGUCGAGGACAACUUCAAUUCAAGAAGGGGAGGAUGAUGAGGACAUCACUGCUGCGGAUACGCGAACAACAAGUAAUCGUCCAGAAUCGGUUGUUGUUGUGCCAUUGCAAGGUCCUAUGACACAAGCUCGUGCACUUCAAUUAAAUCAUGAGGUGAGCUCGCUCCUCAGUGUUCAUAACCAUACUUAUGAGGAUGAUAUGCUACUAAGCUCGUGCACUUCAAUUAAAUCAUGAGGUGAGCUCGCUCCUCAGUGUUCAUAACCAUACUUAUGAGGAUGAUAUGGUACUAAAUAAUUCUUGUGAUGUCUUGUUACUCAGAAUUGUGGAAGAAGAUAGCUCGAGUUGAACCUUUGUCAGGGAUUGUCAGAGCUUGUCGAGAUCUUAUCAGAGCUUGGCGGGAGCUUAUCGGGAGCUUCUCAGACUUCAAGUCGAGUUCCUACUCGUGGGAAGGUCGGAAUCCUGAGUAGGGACAAGCUAGUCAGAUUCCGAGGCAAUUCCUACUUGGACUCCAAAUUCAUCUCGGAUUCAACAAACAACUGUGCAACAAAAGAAAGAUAUCUCUGUCAUACGGAGUCCAAUGGAAGUGUUUAGCCACAGGUUGGAAAGAUUACGUCGUGAUCUUUCCAACGGAUCCAACCCUAUGAAAAGAUUCCUCGUGAGUGACUUAGAAACCUCAAAACGAGUCGACAUUGUAACAGAUAGUUAGAGUUGGAUUUUGUUUCCUAGUUUGUUUCGUAGUGUCUAGGUGGCUUGCACGCCCUUAAAUAACGACCAGGUGCGGCCAAAAUAGUUUGAGUUUGUUUAAACAUUGUUUUCGCCUUGGGCCAAACAACAUUGUCUCUACUUGUGUCU